CACACAACAAUAAUGAAUGGAAACACGUCGUAGCCAAGAAAGUUAAGAAGCAACUCAAGUAACGGUUAGGUGUGCAUUUGAGAGAUAUCUGUCGCGAGGGGAAAUCUGUUUUAAGUAAUGGAUUGGCCUGGCAAAUUAAAAACUACUUUCUGGAAGAGAAAGCAUCUGCACUUUGAUUGUUACUUUUAAAAAGUACGUUUUUUGAAGGGAAACUACAGUGGGACACACUGUAAACCUAAACGCGUGAGUAAGAGUAAAUGGCAUUUUUGGACUGUUAUACGAGACUACUGCACUGUCAGCGAUUUAUCUCCGUUUGGAAAAGUGGAUUUUUUGGAUUGAUCCGUUAAUGAAUUUGUUGGAAUAUUUCGGAGAUCUUUGUUUUACUUGGAUUAUCAUCACUGGGAAAAAGUUGAAGGAUUCGAGUUGACCGGAGGACUCAGCACAUCUGGGGCACAAUGGGUAACAUAGAGAGUGUGGAUGGCCAUUCGGAGAUGAAGCAUCACAUCAUGCCUCUGAAGGUCCCGAUGCCAGACCCCACCGAGCUGGAGGAGAAGUUUGCCAUUGUUUUGAAUUCUAUGAACUUGCCUCCAGACAAAGCACGGCUCCUCAGACAAUACGACAACGACAAGAAGUGGGACCUGAUCUGCGACCAGGAGAGAUUUCAGGUGAAGAAUCCGCCUCACACCUACAUCCAGAAGCUACGAGGAUACUUAGACCCUGGAGUCACACGAAAGAAGUUUCGCAGACGGGUGCAGGAGUCUACAAAAGUCCUGAGGGAGCUGGAGAUCUCACUGAGGACCAACCACAUUGGGUGGGUCAGGGAGUUCCUCAAUGAUGAGAACAGAGGUCUUGACGUCCUGGUGGAGUACCUCUCCUUUGCCCAGUGUGCUGUCAUGUUGGAUUUUGAGGGCCUGGAAAAUGGGGAGGAAGGCUUCUUGGACAAGACUAAAUCUUGGAGCAGGUCCAUAGAGGAUCUGCACCACAACAGUACCCAGCCCUUCUGCAACACCCUGGUGCGCUCCGCCCGCCAGUCUGUCCUCCGCUAUGGCACGGUUUCCACCAGCAAAACUAUCAAGAACUCCCGCCUGGUGAGCCAAAAAGAUGACGUGCACGUGUGCAUCAUGUGCUUGAGAGCAAUCAUGAAUUACCAGUAUGGCUUCAAUAUGGUCAUGUCUCACGCACACGCAGUCAAUGAAAUUGCUCUCAGCUUGAACAAUAAGAACUCACGGACAAAAGCCUUGGUCCUCGAGCUGCUGGCUGCGGUCUGUCUCGUCCGAGGAGGUCACGAGAUCAUCCUCUCAGCGUUUGACAACUUCAAAGAGGUGUGUAAGGAGAAGCAUCGCUUUGAGAGACUGAUGGAUUACUUCAGCUGUGAGGAGGGAAACAUCGACUACAUGGUUGCUUGCAUGCAGUUCAUCAACAUCGUGGUCCACUCAGUGGAGGACAUGAACUUCAGAGUCCAUCUGCAGUAUGAAUUCACCAAGCUGGGGCUGGAUGAUUACCUGGAGAAAAGCAAGCAUACGGAGAGUGACAAGCUGUCGGUGCAGAUCCAGGCCUACCUGGAUAACGUGUUUGACGUGGGUGGUCUGCUGGAAGAUGCGGAGACAAAGAAUGCUGCUCUGGAGAAGGUGGACGAACUGGAGGAGCACCUGUCCCAUGUCACGGAGAAGCUGCUGGAGAUUGAGAAUGAAACAAUGAUGAAAGUGGCUGAUCUGGAGAAGGUGGUGCUUCAGAAAGAAAAGGACCUGCAUGCAAUACGGGAGACAUACGAGUCGACCAACACCCAGGUCACCACCCUGAGGAGGAUGAUCAAGGAGAAGGACGCCGCUUCUCAGAGGCACGUCAACAUCGAGAGGCGACUUCUGGAGCUGGAACAGCAAGGCACCAUCCGCCUGCACAAGAAGGCUGACGGAGACAUUGCCAUUGAGCCUCUGGUUGUCGGGGGUGGUGUUGGGACAAGUGGCCUCGGGAUCCCACUGGGAGACAUUGGUCAACUCUCUUUGGGUUCAACAGCUGGGUUAAUCCAACCAGGACUAGACACAAGUUUACCCCCAGCCAGUGAAGCACCUCCACCCCCUCCUCCACCUCCACCGCCUCCUCCUCCUCUUCCUUCUGCUUCAGGCCAUGGUGCACCCAUCCCGCCACCUCCUCCCGCUCCUCCUCUGCCAGGCACUUCUCCAUCAGUUAUCCUGAGUUUGGGUCUUUCAGCUAUCAGAAUCAAGAAGCCCAUCAAGACCAAGUUCCGCCUGCCUGUGUUCAACUGGACGGCCUUAAAGCCCAAUCAGAUCAAUGGCACAGUCUUCAACGAGAUUGAUGAUGAACGUGUGAUGGAGGAGCUGGAUCUGGAGAGGUUUGAGGAGCUGUUUAAGACCAGAGCCCAGGGUCCAAUUGUGGAAUUUUCCUGCACGAAGAGCAAAGUAGCCCAGAAGGCGGUAAACAAGAUCAGCCUUCUCGAUGCUAAUCGCUCCAAGAACUUAGCCAUCACACUGCGGAAAGCUAACAAGCCCUCAGAGGAGAUCUGCAAAUCAAUAGAGAAGUUUGACCUCAAGGCCUUACCCGUCGAUUUUGUGGAGUGCCUGAUGCGAUUCCUGCCCACGGAGACGGAGGUGAAGGUGAUGCGUCAGUACGAGCGGGAGCGGCGUCCACUCGACCAGCUGACAGAGGAAGAUCGCUUCAUGUUGUUAUUCAGCAAGAUUGAGAGGCUCACACAGAGAAUGAACAUCAUCACCUUUGUUGGGAACUUUUCUGACAACCUUAACAUGCUCACACCGCAGCUCAAUGCAGUCAUUGCUGCCUCUGGAUCAGUCAAAUCCGCACCAAAGUUAAAAAGAGUGCUUGAGAUCAUCUUAGCCUUGGGAAACUACAUGAACAGCGACAAGCGAGGCUGCGUUUAUGGCUUCAAAUUACAAAGUCUUGAUCUGCUGCUGGACACUAAGUCUACAGACAGGAAGAUGACAUUGCUCCACUACAUAAGUCUCAUUUUGAAAGAGAAGUACCCUGAACUGGCUAACUUCCACAAUGAACUGAACUAUGUGGAUAAAGCUGCAGCAGUAUCCCUGGAAAAUGUGCUGAUUGACGUCCGAGAGCUGGGGAAAGGCAUGGACCUGAUCCGGAGAGAGUGCAGUCUCCAUGACCAUGCGGUGCUGAAAGGCUUCAUCCAGGCCCACGACACACAGCUGGACAAGCUACAGAAAGAUGCCAAGACAGCAGAGGAAGCCUUCAACAAUGUGGUGAACUACUUCGGAGAGAGUGCCAAGACGACUCCGCCCUCGGUGUUCUUCCCCGUGUUUGUGCGCUUUAUCAAGGCCUACAAGGAUGCAGUGGCAGAAAACGAGCAGAGGAAAAAGCAGGAGGAAGCAAUGAGAGAAAAGUUACUGGCUCAGGAGGCGAAGCAGCAAGAGCCCAAGGUCCAGUCCCAGAAGAAGAGGCAGCAGCAGCACGAGCUGAUCGCAGAGCUGCGCAAGCGGCAGGCCAAAGACCACCGGCCCGUGUACGAGGGCAAGGAUGGCACCAUAGAGGACAUCAUCACAGUACUGAAGAGCGUGCCCUUCACAGCGCGCACUGCUAAACGCGGCUCACGGUUCUUCUGUGAAGCCAACCUCUGUGACGACGCCAACUGCUAGCCCCUCCCCCUAAUGCCAAGAUCUCCGAAACCAGCCUUUCCUGCGAGCUGACGCAUUGAUCCGGAGCGGUUGGAAGAGACCCUAAAACCACUUAUUCGUCACUUAUACUCCCCCCCCCCACUAUAACCUCCCCCCCUGUGUCCUGAUGGUCUAUCUCAACCCUGAGGCUGCAGAUCACAAAGACUGAGAGGAGGGACAGAGCUGGGUAAUUUAUUUAUUUAUGGAGGCCCUUUACAGCCACUUUAAGUGAGCAGGCAUCAUUACAGAAGGGCUGCUUCUGUCUCAAGGGAGACAAAAGACUUUCCCUGCUCUGUGCCACGGGGAGAGAGGACUACGAGACAGGUGAGUUGAGGACUGGCGGACCACAGAGCAGGAAGAACUUUGCUUUUGCGAACAAAUGCCUGCCAACAUGUGGAUCUUUUUCCCAGAGACUGUUAAUUUCCUCAGAUUAUGCAGACGUAGCAGGACUGAGAGUCAGCCAAGGAAAGAUGCCAACUCUGCUGCUGCUGGGAUGUUUGCCUUAAAGAGACUUCUAAUCAUAAUAGACAAGCUUCUAUAUCAUGGGGCCCUUACUUCAACACAUUCAAUCAAGACUUCAAUCGCAUGUACCUUGGAGGGAAGAGCGUCUAUUCUUCUGAUUCUUUUGGACAAGCUAAUCAAACCAAAAUGUCUUCAAUGUUUUAUGUUUUGCUUAAGAAGUGCCUUUUUGUGUAAACGGUGUUAUCAGCUAUCAUUUCUUGUUUGACAGCCUUCAUUUGUUAAAGAUUGUAUUUUCAAUUGCCUUGUUGUAUAAUAUUAGUCUUAUAAUACUGACAACAAUAUGCAAAAGAUGAAACGUCCAGCUUUAAGGUAACAACUAGAAUGUAAGAUAACUAUUUUGUUUACCUCUAGUAGAUAAAUGUCUAAAAAUGGACUUUUAUUUGUGCCUUGUCCAAGUAGUUCUUAAAGAUGAAUGUUAUAUGCCUUGACAACACUUUCUGUCACACUUUAAAGUGACAUUUGGGAGGUGACAAAUGUGUAAAGAAGAAACCCGCUGCGUAAGGGCUCGGAUGAUUUAAACCUGCUAUAGAUGUGGUGAUGGAUGAAGGACGUUUCCAUUCCUAUGAGGUCUUAAGCUUUUUUAAAUUUGUUAUCUCUGUUUUUAAUGGAGAUGAUGAAACUUACAUGACAUUGGCACAAAGGGAGCGAGAGAUCUUUACACUACUUAAUUUGGCUCAAUAUAUGAGACACUAUUGUCUUAGUAGACAUUUAUAUUCAUGUACAUUCAAAUCAAGAAAUUUACUUUUUAAAAUAUAUGCUCAAUGCUAUUGUAUAUUGACUGAAAGAUGAAAAUUCCUAAAUAAUAAAUAUGAUACAAUUAUGUAAAUACAAGACUGUCAUUAUAUCUCAAGAGUUUUAACAAAGCUGUUCUUUCUUUGAUGAAGCAACAUUCAAAACAAGUGAUUACUAUAUUUGAAUGUUUUAUUUCUGAUUUCUUAAAGGAUAUUUGUUUACUUGUGAUGUAUUCCAACCAGAAAUAAUUAGAGAUUACUUUUCCUUCUCUCAAAAUGAGGGACAGAGCCACCGUACCUUUCUACUAUAAAAAUCCAUUUAAUUUCUUAUAUCAAAAAGAAAUAAAAUCAUAACAAAACAAUCAGAACCACAAAUAUCCAUGUGGGUUUUUUCCACCAAAAGAAAUUCUCCAACUGUAAAAUGAUUGUUCUAAUUUACAUGUGAAAAUCUAACAGAGCAGGAUGUAAAGAAAUACAAUGUGAUGAAUACUUUUGACAAGUGAGGGGCAAAGCUAGUUUCCUACAGGAUGGGUGUGUGUGUGUGUGUGUGUGUGUGCGCGCGUGUGUGUGAGCACCAUGCAGAGUGAUAUGACAGGUAUGGCUGAUAAACUCAGUUAAAAGCAUCGUGGUGAGCAGUGAGACAGAGAGAGCAACACUUUAAGACUAAAAACCAGUUUGACUGACAGAGGGUUAGCGUUAGCAGCAAGGCAAAGGAAUUAACAAAGGAAUGCUUAUCAGGAAGCUCGUCCCCUUCCUGGGAAUGCACUUAACAAUGAGCAUUAACCUAAAUUACACGUCCAUGUAAUUACAUAGGCCUACAAUUUAAAAAGACAAAAAAAACCUCAAUCUCGCACAGAAGUACGUACCAUCAAACCGCCUCCCCGCACUUUCCUGAAAUUACAUUUACAAUCAAAAGACAAGGAACAAAAGCCAAAUGCAACCAUCCUCAGCUAGCUGAUCAUCGCAGGGUGUUUUUCAGUGAUGACCAGAAAUUCACAGAAGCUUACCGUCACUCUAAAAAAAAAAAAAA